CUCAUGUUCGAAUGCAAGCACUAAUAAAGCCACGCGGUUGAACGAUCAGCUAUGACGUUUAUUCCUGGGGUAUCAAUCCAACCAUCCCAACGUUGAUUUCGUUUGAGGUAGCUAUGCACAUCGCAAUCUUCUUCAGUUCCGUUUAAUUCCAUCUUCAAACGCCUCUGAAUAGACAAACGGCAACAAUGACAAGGUUCCUCGGUCUGAGAGGAGCUCGACUCGGGUCCACGAUCAGCGCAGUAUGCGGGUUGUGCUUCUUAUGUUUUGGCUACGCACAAGGAGUCCUGGGUGCAUUGUUGACAAUGCCAGCCUUUCUGGCAGAAUUUCCUCAAAUCGAUACCAUAAACAAUCUUUCGGGGCACAAUGCACGCCUACAGGGUAUCACAAUGGGGACAUGGAAUCUUGGAUGUUUUGCUUCUGCGAUCCUAACCAUCUUCAUCGGAGACUAUCUUGGCCGUAAGAAGACUCUACUGCUAGGCUUGGUGAUAUGGAUCAUCGGAGAGAUCAUUCAAUCCUCAUCGUACAAUUUUGGUCAAUUCAUAGCUGGCAGAUUCAUCGCUGGGUUCGGCAACGGCUUCACCACCUCCACCGUUCCAGCGUAUCAAGCAGAAUGUGUCAAGUCCCAUCGCAAAGGCACCAUUCUGAUGAUCUCCGCCGGCGCCUUCAUCGCUGCUGGACUUGCCAUCUCAUAUUGGGUUUCUUUCGGCUUUGCGUACCUUGUUUCAAAUCCCUCGGCAUCAUGGCGUGUUCCUAUCGCCCUCCAAAUAGCCUUUGCUGUCGUCGCUUUUUUCGUCCUUCUCUUCAUGCCCGAAUCCCCACGAUGGCUUAUUCUUACAGGUCGUGAGAAGGAAGCACUGGCAGUCCUUGCCGCGCUCAAUGACGAGGACGAGGAUGGACCUGAAAUCCGGGACGAAUUCCUGCAGAUCAAGGAUGCGAUCCUCAUCAUGAGCCAGGGUUCCACUAGCUCGAUGAGGAGCAAUAAGGAUAAGCGGAAUCUUCAUCGAACCGUGCUUGCGUACUGUGUGCAGAUAUUCCAACAGAUGUCCGGAAUCAACCUCGUGCUCCAGUACUUAGCGCUCAUGUUCUACAAACAAAUGGGCUACACUGGAUGGGUUGCACGACUACUAGGAGGAUGUGCGGCUACCGAAUACUUCUUAGCAUCGUUCAUUGCUGUAGUCGGUAUUGACAGGUUCUGGGGUCGUAGGUCGUUAAUGAUGUUUGGUGCCGGGGGCAUGUGUCUUUGUAUGGUGCUGCUCACCAUAUUGACUUAUCUGUGGCAAGAACACAAAGUAGGCGGUAGUAACAUUGCUGCCACGGUGUUCUUGUUUGGAUUUGCUACAUUUUUCGCGAUUGGAUGGCAGGGAAUGGCAUGGUUAUAUCAGGUCGAAGUCGUGCCCUUGCGGAUUCGUGGACCUGCAAAUGCGUUGAGUACGAGUGGAAAUUGGCUUUUUAACUUCAUAGUUGUCCUGAUUGCCCCAAUCGCAUUUCACAAUAUCGGCUACCGCACAUACAUAAUUUUCGCCUGUACGAACUUCGCAAUCGUCCCCCUGAUAUACUUCCUGUACCCCGAGACGGCCUAUCGUUCUCUGGAGGAGGUUGAUGUACUCUUUUAUCUCGCCUCCAAAACACCGCGUCCCUGGCUAUCUGUCGUCAAGAUUGCUGCUCAGGAACCGUUAUGGUUCGGACGCAAAGGCGAUGUACCAUUCGACUACGAGAAAAGCGAUUGGCAUAGGAGAUAUAUGCAAAUGUUCAACAGCGACUCGACGCUAUCAAACGAGAAGAAUAAACAUGCAAGCAACAGAAGCCCACCAGAUCCAUACCACAUGCAGAGUAAUGGUAGUUUCCAACAAACGGUUUCCGGAGACAGUGGAAGUCCAGUCGACAGAGAGCCGUCAUCUCGGCAUUCUUCGAAACAACUUACAUCAAGUCAGCAGAACAGGCAGUCGACACAUUCAAGGUCCUCCAGGCCUAGAAUCAACAAAUUCAGAAGAGAGGGUCAGAACAAAAGUUACCAGAGCGCGAAGAGUUCCCAUUCUGCGUAUUCCGCAGUCUCAGCACACUCUGCUCAUUCAGAUCCUUCAUGGCAGGAAUCCGAGUUUGCGCCAGCGCCUCUGCGAGUUCCAUCGAUUCAGUCAACGCGUGAUUCACUGAAUUCUGAGGGAUAUAGAGGGGGGCGACCUCGAGCGUCCAGUGACUACGACGGUUUGGAUGAGCCUGUGACAAUUCCCAUGAGGACGGCGAGUGGGCGAGCAGCACGCGAUCCAGGCAGGAUGGAGGAUCAGCCGAUGGAGGACCAUCAACAGCCGACGUCCAGGAGAUUGAAUCCUAUUCGAAAUCAAUUGCUACCUCGGGAUGCAGGGCGAAGUGGAGGAUAUAGGACCUAG